ACUCAUUAUUCUAGGAUUGCGAGCAACUUGCGGCCCACCUUUUUAUUUAGAUUUUGGAUUUGGAUUUAAAAUAUUUGCAAAUUGCAAGCCAAAACCAGCGCCGCCUCUGUUUCUUCUAGCUGCUGCAACACCGAAAAAAAGUACUCCGUUAACAUCGUUUUUGACUAUCUUCUAUUUCUGGGUUGAUUUGCUUUCGUCAAUUACAAUCUGGGGUUCCUCUGUUUCUGCCGAUAAAGUUUGAUUAAGCGAGUUUGACUUCAACAAGUUUACACGACUGGGUUUGCUAACAAAUCACGUCUAGUGAAGAUUCUGCAAAGAAGAGUUGUGUAUGGAGUUUCUUGGUGCUUGUUCUUCUAGGAUGCUGGAGUGGAAAAGAGAUAGAAGAUGUCCAACGCCUGGUGGAGCAAUUAUGCAUUCUUUAAUAUACAUGUUAUAAUGAAGCAAUAAGGGAUUCUAGAAUCCCUAUAGCUUAUUUGUUCCAUGGAGUGGUAUUGUGGGAGUGGAAUUAAUGACCUUCUUGUUCCCAAAGGUGAAGACAUAUGGGAUAGGCUUCCUACACCAGACACUUGGCAAAAUUGGGGGAUAAAUGCACCUGAAGGUUUCAAUUCACCUAAAAAGUUUUCAACCAUGGACUCAAGUUCAAGAGAGGUAGAGUUCAAUUUCAAUGAUGAAAGUUUCAAUAAUGAAAUUGAGCUUGAAUCUUCUCUUCUUGAAAAAGAUCAGUCUAGCAGUUCGAGUGUAUGUGGAGGAUUGCACGAGCAGUCAUUUCGACAGACAGCUCUUUCAUGUGAUCAGCUUCAGGACGUUUCAAGAUUCGAACACAUGGAUGACAUUUUCUUGGAUUCCAUGCUUGAAGCUCUACCCAAUGUUGAAAAUCUAAAAUCCUCCUGCGCCUCUUCAAAUCUACAAUUCAGUAAUGCAUCCGGUGGAUUGAAGGAGGACUUAGAGGUUUCAGAGUUUGUUCCAUGCAACUCAACAUAUGAUGAUUACGAGGAUUUAAAGGUCCCACCAGUCAAAUUCUUGGGCCCUUUUGAGCAGUGCAGUACAGAUGAGGGCAUGAACCAGCAAUCAUCUCUUGAGGAAUCUAUAUUACGGGAUCUUGAGAUGGCAAUUGCACAGUUCUCUGAUAAGACCCGGAUCUGCUUCCGUGAUGCCCUCUACCGACUUGCUGGAAACACAAAACAACAGCAUGUGGUGCAGGACAUGGAUGAAAACCUUGACAUGCAAAGGACAACGCCACAGACUGAUCACAGUGCGAUGAUGAGGCCUGAGGAGCAGCUGCCAAUGGAAUCAGAGACUAACUCUAUUGACAGAGCAAUUGCAAAUCUCAUGUUCAACAAAAUGGAUAUCAAUGUACAAGAGCUUCCUCUUACAACAUCAGCACACUCCAAGCAAGAAAUCACUGCAACCAAACCUCUACAGGGAAAACCCUCAAAAGCCUUGAAUCAGGCGCAAAACUUUCAUCAUAAUUGUCAUCAUCAUCCCUACUCACCAAUCUUACAAGGCAAUGCCACCGAGGUUCCACAGUUUAAUCAAAAUGACCUGCAAACAGCUGUGGAUUCACAUGCUAUGUACAAAGGCCCCACCAAGAAAUCUUUCAUGCUAGAAUUUGGUUAGGUAAUGUGAUAGUAGGGUUCCCCAUUGCUAAACUUGUCAUAAGUAGAAUCAAUUUCCUGUCUGACAAAUGCUGUUUCUGUAAUCUGCACGAGUAUACCUUUUGAGUCUGCAUUAUUUGUGCUGGUGUCAGUUCAUCUGCUGUCUUAUGGGCUAAAGCUGCAGCUGAAAGUAGAAGAUUUUGCCAACUCGGUAAGAAUAAUCGAACCUGUUCCCCGCAUCCUGCAGAGCUGCAAUGCUCAUUUUCUCUUGAAAUGCUCUUCAAAAGCAAGGCCUUUCAAUUGUGGGUCUUGUCCUGUGGUCAGAGUAACAAUGGAACUUGGUACCCUUCGCUUGGCUUGACUGGUUUUAGAGGAGUUGAGAUAUUUUCUUAUUCAGUUUCAGAGAGAGAGAGAGAGAGAGAAACUCUGUGUUUGACCUUAUUGAACGUGGGUUCUCCAUGUUAAUUGUAUAAAGUUUUCUCAGUAAUUUAGAGGACAUAAAAUCUCAUUUAAAAUGAGUAACUAGGUUAUACUAACAAUAUAGUUGAGAAGGGGUCCGAUUUUCUUAACUAAGGUUGAGGAUUCAAUAUUUGUAGAUGAAACAGUCAGCUUGAGAAAAAAUUGAUGCGGGUUUUGUCCUUGUGCUUUCAGCAACAACGGAA